GGUUGUAGGAGAAUCGUGUCCUAGCGUCUUCAGUCGUGGACGCGCCGUUUCUCUAAGCCUUAAUGUUUUUUUUUAAACUUAGGUAUUUGUGUUAAAGGAAUUUUGGUGGCAGAUGAAAAGGGACAGUCGGAGAUAAUUAAAAUCCAGUUUUAGAGAUGGCGGUCUCCGAAUUCCUCUUGUUGGUGCUCCUGAUGCAUUUCACCGCGGGACAGGAUGCAAACUGCGACUUCACACAAAACGUUCAAGCAGGUCAAACGUACUAUAUCUACAGCCCUGGGUACCCGAACUACUAUACUGGCGCGCGGCAGUGCCGCUGGAUCGGCAUCUGCCCAUCUGGCUACCGCUGUCGGCUGGACUGCCCGGAGAUAUCGCUACCCGCGAGUUCCGGGUGCUCCAUGGACCGUCUGCUGAUCUCCCGGAGCGGGGACCCUCAGCUGAACGGCGCUGAUGUGUACUGCGGCCGAGGCUCCACCAACGUCCUGUCGACUGGUCAGAGAAUCAGCGUCGGAUUGAUCACAUCAGCCUCGACAACGGGAGGCAGAUUUUACUGCCAACUCCGAGCAGAGGCAGCAACGCCAACUCCAACACCUUGCAGCUGCGGCUACAGGAAGAGGAACCGCAUCGUCGGCGGGCAAGAAACAGGAGUCAACGAGUUCCCAAUGAUGGCCGGCGUCAUUUACCUGGAUCAGGAGAAGAUCCGGUGUGGCGGCACCAUUCUGUCCCCACGAUACAUAGCAACUGCAGCCCACUGUGUGGUGGGGAGGUCCCUUAACACCCUGGCUGUUGUGGUUGGAGAGCAUGAUAAGACUACUGAUGGAGACUCAUCGGCAACACAAGGAUUUAAUAUAGAACGCGUAACUGUUCAUCCUCAAUACACAUCUUCUAACUACGAUAACGAUAUCGCCAUCUUGCGGCUGUCAAGGGAUAUAGUGUACAGCGACCGAGUGGGUCCCGUCUGUUUGCCGUUCAAGUUCAACAACACGGACUUUGCUGGCAGUCGGUUCACCUUAUUGGGAUGGGGCUCCCUGUUCAUCGGAGGGCCAGUCUCCAACACUCUUCAGAAGGUGGACGUAGAUGUCCUAAGUCAAUCCAGCUGCCAGCAAGUGGUGUCUUCGCUUACACCGCGUCAGCUCUGCCAUUACACAGCUGGGAAGGACGCCUGUCAGGAUGACUCCGGUGGCCCAGCACUCUACUCGGACCCGUCAACCGGCCUGCUCUUCCUCGGCGGCAUCAUCAGCUACGGCCGCAUGUGCGCCGAGCGCGGCCAGCCCGGCAUCAACACCCGGGUCACUGCGCACCUCGCCUGGAUACAGAACAACACGCCUGGCGCGGUAUACUGCAAUAAAUAAACUGUUGUGAUGUG